AUGAACCCAAAUCGAAAUCCAGAUGCUCUAGUUGCGCUAUUAACUUUUUCCAAUUUUGAUCCAAUUCCUCUUCAAUUCAUUCAACAAUAUGUUCUAUAUCACAAAGGUAUUGCUCACGGAUGCAUAGUGCAGGUCUCAUACGCCAUUGGUAUGCCUAAGCCAUUGUCGGUGUUUGUUGGUGGCAUUGGGAGUAUCCUAGACAAGGACAUCAUGAAAAUUUUGUCUCGGAUGAUUUCCAUUAACUUAGACUUUAAGAAGGAUGGCAACGAAAGGUAUUUUAAUACCACUGUAUAUGGCCACUUCGAAAGGGAUGACUCUGAGUAA